UAGGCUACUUGAUUUGAAACUUGCUAAAUUAUGACAAACCUUUGAUAAUACAUAAAGAGUUGUUGAAUAGUCAUCAAUCAAUAUAAUAACGUUACUUUCAAUGUUAUAUAUUCUCACCAUUGUCUCCUAUGAAGCCAUCUCCCCAGACCAUGGUGUUUAGUAUUUAUGAGUGAGUUCUGAGUUUGGAUUAGUUGAUCAUUCUCCUUAUCAGAUGUUCCUUGCAUUCGUGAAUGGCGUGCUUUAGAAUGAUUUUUUUGGAGGCUGUCUGUUUUCAGUAGUAUUACGAUCAAUAUACAAUAGAAGUUCCCUUCUCCAAAACAUUGCAAGUAAAGGGAAAAACUUACUCUGAUAGUUCCAGGAUUUUCCAUCUUAGGGAUUUCCUUGCAUCUUCUUCCCAUGUAUGAAGACAAUCUUUAGGCAAACAUUCAGAAAAAUGGAAUUUAUUUAUUGAAAGUAUUUUAUUGAUGUUCUCUUUCUAGGCUGUCCCAUGUACAAGUCACCUGGCUUUCCAGUCUCGACACCCUUGAAUACCACCAUGGAGUAUAGCAAUCUGUCCUCAAUCAAUAAGCACCCAUCAACAAGAAAGCGAAUGGGGUCGAAUGCUGUUGCAGAAUCUGUUCCAGAUGCUAGAAAGUCUCGCAGCAAGUUAGCUUCAAGGAAAAUACCAAGUAAAGGUACAUCCAAACAAUGUGAUAAUGCUGCCACUACUCAAGCAAAUGUUCAGCCCUCUCCUGUGAUUGAGUCAUCAGCACAAAACGGCACGCCCACUGGUUCACUAGUUCAAGCAUCCGGUGUUGCUAAGAGUUUGUUCAAUCGGCCCAUACCAUUCCCUCCAACUAGUUCCUCUAAUCCCAAUACACCACCACAAGCAUUUUCCUCUCACACUGACAAAUCUGCAUCUCCAAGGGGCAUUUGUGCGAAUGCUCACAGCAGUAAUAACAAUACUCCUCAACAAGUCACUCCUACCAACUGCAAGGUGAUCACAUCAGAGAGGGUUACAGUGAGCCCAUUUAAAAACAUGACGUACUACACCAUGGAGAGGAAUCAGUGUAUCUCUUCUUCCUCUCCAGUUAAGACAACCUUGAAGAGGAUGUGCAAGAGGGAUUGUGUGAAGGGAAGGCUAGACUUUGAUGUUUCUGAUGCAGCAGUGAACUUGGAUGAAUCAAUUGACAAUAAGUUCUCUACAUCUGAGUCUGAUAAGGAAGGGGGCAUUUUUGACUUAGACCUGCCUAACUUAGACAUGUUUGGGGCUAAUUUCUCCUUCUCUGAACUGUUGGUUGAUCUGGACCUUGAUUGUGAAGGAAAUGCUUGUCCAUGCCUGCCAGCCUUGGCAGCUUCUGCCGACACCAUUUCUGGGUCAUCGCAUGAAUCUAGGGAUGGUAAUUUUGGGACUGAUCAAGUCAUAUCAGAGUUUUCCUCUACCAUGACUGAGGUGAUUUCUGGAAAAGAUGCGCAUUCGCAAGGUCCUGACAUAACAGCUGUGAAGUCCGUAACAAAAUGUAUAAGAAUUUUAAGCCCUGCUAAAAAUCAAAGGAGUUCUUUGGAUCAGGAGAAUUGUUUGGCAAGUAACUGACUGACAUGAUGAUGCAAAAGACUCUUUAGACUGACCUGGUACCUGUAUAGCACAUACUGCAGAAGAUACAUUAUCCAUCUUCGCUAGUUAUCUAGGUUUAUAAUUUCUAGAUCCUCUAUGGCUUUUGUCUAUCAUUUGACCAACCCUUGAAUUCUUAGCUCACAUGUAGUCUUUAGUUUGAUGUUCUGCCUACAAUAUUGGUCAUUUAGCCAAGACUCAUGGUUACAAGCAUUUCUAUGCUACACAAUUUAGUUGUAUCAAAAGCUGAUUUAUUUCUGAUAAAAAGAAGUGACGAAUUCUUCUUUA